AGUGGUCACCUCAUCCACAGCAGUAGCAGCAGCAUUACUACUCUUCCAGUGUUAUAAAAAGCCUCGGGGUGUAUUCACCUCGUAUGACCAUAGUCAGUGAGCUGUGUUGACGCGGUAAAAAGGGAAAUGGAGAAAGGUUUGUCCUCGACGGGAGACACAAAGCUGGAGCAGGCUGUGAAGCUGUGGCUGCAGUAUGACAAGAACCCCAAAACGGUGUCUAUGGUGCAGGAGCUGGUGAAAGAAGGAGCAGUGGAGGCUCUGAAGAAAUGUUUCUCCUCCAGGAUGGAGUUUGGCACAGCAGGUCUGAGAGCAGCCAUGGGCCCCGGCACAUCCUGUAUGAAUGAUCUCACCAUCAUCCAGACCACGCAGGGUUUCUGUUGUUAUCUGGAGGAGAGUUUUGAUAACUUGAAGGAGCGAGGGGUGGUGAUUGGAUACGACGCUCGUGCCCACCCUCCCAGCGGUGGAAGCAGCAAGCGCUUCGCCAGCCUGGCUGCAGCUGUGUUCAUCAGCAGAGGGGUGCCGGUCUACCUGUUCUCCGACAUUACCCCUACACCCUUUGUGCCUUUCACAGUGUCACACCUGGGUCUGUGUGCUGGUAUCAUGGUGACCGCCUCUCACAACCCCAAACAGGACAAUGGCUACAAGGUGUACUGGGAGAACGGAGCUCAGAUUGUGUCUCCUCACGACAAAGGUAUCGCUAAGACCAUAGAGGAGAACCUGGAGCCCUGGCCUGAGUCCUGGAGCACAGAGGAGGCCCUGAAGAGCCCGUUGCUCAAAGAUCCGUACCAGGACAUCCAUACACAAUACUUCAAAGCCAUCCAGAAACACUGUCAUCACAGGAGCAUAAACAAGAGUUCAGAAGUGAAAAUUGUGCACACAUCUGUGCACGGUGUUGGUCACACAUUUGUCCAAUCAGCUUUCAAGGCCUUUGACCUUCACCCUCCGUACGCUGUAGAGGAACAGAAAGAUCCAGAUCCUGAAUUCCCCACGGUCAAAUAUCCAAAUCCUGAGGAAGGAGAGGGAGUCCUGACACUGUCGUUCGCCCUGGCAGAGAAAGAGGGGGCCACUGUUGUGUUGGCGAAUGACCCUGAUGCUGAUCGGCUAGCCAUCGCUGAGAAGCAGGAGAGUGGACAGUGGCGAGUGUUCAGUGGUAAUGAGUUGGGAGCGCUGCUCGGCUGGUGGAUGUUCCGCUGUUGGAAACAGCAGAAUCCUGACACUGCUGCUGUGAAAAACCUCUACAUGCUGUCGAGCACCGUCUCUUCAAAGAUACUGCGCGCCAUCGCUCUCAAAGAAGGCUUCCACUUUGAGGAAACGCUUACAGGGUUCAAGUGGAUGGGAAACAGAGCCAGAGACCUUUUGGACCAGGGCAAGACUGUUCUGUUCGCCUUUGAGGAGGCCAUAGGGUAUAUGUGUAGUCCCUCUGUGUUGGACAAGGAUGGAGUGAGUGCUGCAGCCAUUGCAGGAGAGAUGAUUUCCUAUCUGGCCACGAAAAACACAAGCCUUUCUCAACAACUCACUUCCAUCUAUGAAGAGUAUGGCUACCACCUCACCAAGAACUCCUAUUUCAUCUGCCAUGACCAGAAUGUGAUCCGCAGCUUGUUUGAGCGCCUGCGCAACUACAGCGGCCAGAAAGACUCAUAUCCCACUGAAUGUGGUCGCUUCUCCAUCUCUGCUGUGCGAGACUUGACCACCGGCUAUGACAGCAACCAACCUGGUAACAAGGCUGUCCUCCCCACCUCCAGGUCCAGCCAGAUGAUCACCUUUACCUUUUCUAACGGGGGUGUGGCCACCAUGAGGACCAGCGGCACCGAGCCUAAAAUCAAAUACUACACUGAACUCUGUGCUGCCCCUGGUAACAGUGAUGUGAAACACUUGAUGAAGCAGCUGGACGACUUGGUCGAUGCCAUUGUUGAAAACUUCUUCGAGCCAGAGAAGAAUAAGCUGCAGCCAAAGCCGGAGUAGCACUGAUAGAUGAUACAUUCACACACAGGACCAGUUGUUACUUACAUCUCUGACCAGCAUUCCACACAAUGUCUUAAAUACUCCAGAAGAGUUUCUCGGUUUAAUACAAGCUUGACUUUGAUAAACAAUCACUGUAAUGACACUUUUACCAAUGUGUUGUCUGCCAGAGAUACUUCCUACUGAUGCAGCUGUCUUUAUUUUAAAGGAACAGUUCACCCAAAAAUCAUAAAUACACAUUUUCCCUCUUAUUUUUGGGGCCAUUUUAUCGCUCUAGAGUUUUUUUGGUGUGAGUUGCAGAGUUUUGGAGAUACUGGGUGUAGAGAUGUCAACCCUUUCUCCAAUAUAAUGGAACUAGAUGGUUUUCAGCUUGUGGUGCUCAAAGUGCCAAAAAAAUAAAUUUGAAAAACUCA